AUGUCGACUCUACCAUCAUCCUCGGACCUGGGACUUGUUAAUCACAGGCCACAUCAGGAAGCGCCUGCGGAAAGCUUAGUCCAUAGUCUCACUAUCGACAGCACCCCCGCUGAUAAUUUGGCCGAUUAUCCCUCCGACGUUCACUAUAAGAAGAUUGGAAGUGCUUCCAGCCUCUGCCUAGGAUCAGAGCUUCUACCGUCUCCUCCCGGCAUUGGCAAAACCACAUGUGAUUUUCCUGAUUAUGAGCAGUCAUCUGUGUCGAGAGACUGUAAUGAUAUUGAGCAGACUGAAUGCGAAGGACCGCUGAAGCCCACUAGAGGGAACAUUUCUAUGCCAAGCAGGGUAUCGUCGUCCCAGCUGGACAAUGAAUCGGGCUUGCCCGAAAAAGUCUCCGCUAUCACAUCUACAACGCCAUCCAAUGAUGAGAACCUGGUGGGAUUGUUUGAGCAAAUGCGAAUAGAUUCUCAUGAGCUGUUCAUUGGCGGUAGUCCCAAGCGCCAAGAUAGCCUGUUCGAAUUCACCACACCACCGAGCAGUUAUCCUAAAUAUUCGAGUUCAACCCGCAAACUUCAGGCUGUUCCGUUGACACCGCGUGGGCCUGCCUCAAAUGGGUUGUUGGCUGAGAUGUUUGCUGAUGACUGGAACUGCGAACUUUCCCGUCCGAAGCAAGUCAAGCCCGUACGCCCAGUCACUCAGUCGAAGGAGGCCAUGAGGAAAGCAAAGAAAAUGGAAUUCGAGGCAACAAAAGAAUCCGUAGCUCAAAGAUUUCUUGAAGAGCUGGAUAUUCAAAUUGCAAACGGUCAGGUUUCCAAACUUACGGAAUCUACAGAUGGCGUGAAGAUAAUUUGGACCAAGAGUCUUCACACCACCGCCGGCCGAGCGAACUGGCGGCGUGAGACAGUUCAAACCAAGCAACCUGACGGAUCAAUUAUUGACACAUGGCAUAAACACCAUGCCUCCAUCGAGCUCGCCGACAAGGUUAUUGAUGAUGAAGACAGGCUUCUCAAUGUGCUGGCACACGAAUUCUGUCAUUUGACUACCUUCAUGAUUAGCGGCAGGACAACAAAUCCCCAUGGGAAAGAAUUCAAGUCCUGGGCAUCGAAAUGCUCCCGAAUCCUCGGUCAUAGGGGCAUUCAAGUAACCACCAAGCAUACUUACGAAAUUGAUUUCAAGUACAAAUGGGAAUGUGCUGAUUGCGGACUGGGGUACAACAGACAUUCCAAAAGCAUCGACACGCUGCGUCACCGAUGCGGAACCUGCAAAGGCGAGCUAAAGCAAGUCAAACCUGCACCGAGAGCCAAUGUCGCAAAUAGUGGCGCGUCGAGGCAAAGCGAGUACCAACUCUUUGUGAAAGAUCAAAUGAAAUUGGUGAGGCUGGAAAAUCCUGCCGUUCCGCAGCGAGAUAUUCUCAGGAUGAUCGCUGGAAAAUGGGCUGAUCAGAAGAGGGGGAAUGUUAAGAAAGGCGGUUCCAAUACGACAGACACAGUAGUAGGAACACAAGUAAACGAAGCCGAUGUCACCUCCAAAUUAGUGGGCGAUCUACCGGUUGGCGAUUGA